GUUUAUUAUAUUUAUAUUUUCAGAGUUUUUUUCUCUAUACUACUUAUUUACAUGCUCAAACAUUUUUACAAACCUCAAAAAUAUGGCGAAAGGAAAGUUUCCCUUCCGACGUACAAUUGAGUUUUUGAGCAGUGGUACUAUCAUUUUACAAAAAAGAAUUCAAGUCAUUUCAGUAUCAUUUACAACAGAUAACUCUGGCAAGGGUUUGCGAGACUUUGUACUUAGAGAUCUUCCUCGUCUGCAAUUCAAAAAUCCAACAAGACAGUUUGUGUGUUUUCGAAAUAGACACGAAUUCCCACAAAUAACAUUUUACUAUAAUGAUGGCGGUAAACAAAUGAUAGCUGUAGAUAAUAAACCUGCUGAUGAAAUUUUAAAGCUUGUCGAAGUCGCAGGUGCAGCUCCUCAUAGUGAAAUAUUGAAGUCAGAAGAAGUUGAAUAUCCGGGUAGAUUAAACCCGGCUAAUUUUGGUAAAUAUGGACAUUGCUUUUGUAUUUGUGAAAAACCUGGACAGGUACCAUGUACGGCUCGGGUUUGCAUGAAAAAAUCCGUCAAAUGGUGGCAGAAUAAAGAGAAAUCGACAGGUUAACGUCUGCAAUGAAUUGGUGCGUCAGAAAAUUACAAUGUAUUACAGUUUGAAACAACGUGUACUGAACGCAAUGGAGAAAUAUUGAUAAUGGUUAUGUGUUUAGAACUCGAAUGUAAAAGACUUUUCUUAAGCUUUUCUAUUUUUCACAAUAAAUUUGAAUAAUUUUA